GCUCAUGUAAGUCCCCACGUAGAACCUUAUUUUCCAUCUCCGAGACUCUGAGAUCACCUAUCUAGAUUAAUUGAUAGCAAGUGUGCUCAUUAUAUUUAAUAUUUAAUAUUAUAUUAGAAUAAUGCACAAUAUAGCUGCUUUAGGCUGCUGAACUGAAGAAACCAAAGAAAAAAUGUACAGAUGCACUUAAAGAUGCACAUUAAGAAGAAGCAGCACAUGAAAGAGACACAAUGUCUCCAAAAGACUUUUGAAGUAGGGACCGGAUUUGUCUGGUCGUCAUCGCGAGACGUCAUUAGUUCUAGAGAUUUAAGAAAGAGGUGAAUAUAUUUAUUCAUUAUUAUUAUUAAUAUAAUUAAUAUCAUUUGAUUUUUUGGACAAUGGCUCAGAGGGAACGUGCCUGGAGGUACGUGGCAUGCUCCAUGUUUUUCCUGACGUUAUUAGCAGUGGGAACCGCUUUCUCCGGGCUUUUCAAUGCCUCAGACAAGGAUAUUUUUGGUGAGUUUGAGCAGUUCCGACUCACAGAGAGCCGAGCACCGGAGCUCCGGAGGCUCCAAGCCACCAAUUACCACCCUAACUUGUACUUCAGCCAAGCAGAUGUACAGCUCAUGAGACAGAGGUCCUCAACAACCCACAGCCACAUCUUCAAAGUUAUCCGUGCAGCCGUGCUCACCAUGCUGUCCAGCGUUCCUCUCUACAUGCCGCCCGCGAAGCAUGACGAGUUCACCAGCAAAUGGAACGAGAUCUACGGUAACAACCUCCCGCCUCUGGCCCUCUACUGUUCACUGUGUCCCGAGGACUCGGCCGCUUUGCAGUUCCUGAUUAAAUUUAUGGACCGCAUGGCGGAAUAUCCGGACUGGAAAGUCACCAGCGCGCCUAACGACGAAGUGCCUAUGGCUCAUUCGCUCACUGGGUUUGCUACCGCUUUUGACUUUAUCUACUCCUCCCUGGACCAACAGCGACGGGAUGUUUACCUUAAGAGGAUCCGGCGAGAAACGGAGGAGCUGUAUGAGAUGUCUAAGUAUCGGGGAUGGGGGAAGCAGUUCCUCCAAAACCACCAGACCACCAACAUUUUAGCAAUUCUGACUGGUGCGAUUGUGGUGGGUGUGCACGACGACCCCGAGACUAUGAUAUGGAAACAAGUCUGUGUGAACUAUAUGGAGAAAACCAUGUUUCUGCUGAACCACGUGGUGGAUGGGUCUUUAGACGAAGGGGUGGCGUACGGGAGCUACACGGCGAAGUCAAUCACGCAGUAUGUGUUCCUGGCCCAGCGCCACUUCAGCAUCGACAACACCCAGAACAACUGGCUUCGCACUCAUUUUUGGUUUUAUUACGCCACUUUGCUGCCAGGUUUUCAGAGGACGGUGGGUAUUGGGGACUCUAAUUACAACUGGUUUUAUGGACCUGAAAGCCAGUUAGUUUUCUUAGACACUUUUGUGAUGAGGAACGGCACCGGUAACUGGCUAGCGCAGCAAAUUAGAAAGCACAGACCUAAAGAUGGCCCGAUGGGUCAGUCCUCAGCACAGAGGUGGACUACCCUCCACACAGAGUUCAUCUGGUACGAUGCCCGUCUGACCCCGCAGCCUCCACACGGCUAUGGCAGAGCUAAAAUGCACAUUUUCUCAAACUGGGGUGUGGUGACUUACGGAGCUGGGCUGCCCAUAGCGCAAGGCAACACAUUCGUCUCUUUUAAAUCAGGUAAGCUGGGUGGACGGGCAGUGUUUGACAUUGUCCACGCUAAGCCUUACUCGUGGGUGGACGGCUGGAACAGUUUCAACCCUGGCCAUGAGCAACCAGACCAAAACUCGUUCACUUUUGCCCCGAAUGGACAAGUGUUUGUGUCGGAGGCGCUGUACGGGCCAAAGUAUAGCUACUUGAACAAUGUGCUUGUGUUCAGUCCCUCGCCAACGAGUCAGUGCAAUGCCCCCUGGGAGGGGCAGCUCGGAGAGUGCGCCAAGUGGCUGCGCUAUACUGAUGAGGGGGUGGGAGACUCCGCAGGAGAGGUGAUAGCAGCUUCCUCACACAGAGACAUGCUGUUUGUUAGCGGUGAGGCUGCUGCGGCCUAUUCCCCAGCCAUGAGGCUGAAAAGCGUGUACAGGGCCCUGGUGCUCCUCAACUCACAGACUCUCCUGGUGGUCGACCAUGUGGAGAAGUGGGACAGCUCGCCAGUGAACACCCUCAGCGCGUUUUUCCACAACUUGGACAUUGACUUUAAGUAUGUAGCUCAUAGGUAUAUGGACAGGUACAACGGGGCUUUGAUGGAUGUCUGGGAUGCUCAUUACAAAAUGUUCUGGUUUGAUAGCCAGGGCUACAGCCCGAGCACAAGAAUACAGGAGGCGGAGCAGGCAGCGGAGUUUAAAAAAAGAUGGACUCAGUUUGUCAAUGUCACUUUCCCCAUGAGGGGCACGGUGGGCCGAAUGGCCUACGUGAUGCACGGGCCUUAUGUUCAAGUCUCCAACUGCCGGUUCAUUGAUAGCAGCAAAAACGGCCUCAGAAUCUCACUUGUGGUCAACAACACUGAAAAAAUAGUCUCCAUAGUGACCAACUACAAAGACAUAGGGGCACGUUCGAGCUACCUGGGCUUUGGGGGUUAUGCCAAAGUGGAAGACAGAUAUCAGAUUAUCCGCUUUGGGUUGGGAGCACAGCUCGUGCCCAAGCAAACAUCGGUAGACAAUCAGCUAUUUGACUUUGGAUUCACAGUGAAUGUGAUAGCAGGGGUGAUACUGUGUGUGGCGAUCGGCUUCCUGACCCUGCAGCGCAAGUUUUAUGUCUGCUUCACCAGACUGAUGCGCUACGCCCUGUUCUCUGUGCUAAUGCUGUGGAUCAUUGAGCUCCUGUUUGUCUCAAACAGCUGCGAUCAGCUACUGUGUGGAGUUAAGUGGAAAAGUGCCGCUACUGACCCCGAACUCAGCAAACAGCUGAGACUGUACGACCAGCAUCGCUUCCCUUUGCCCACUGUGGUCAUCACAACCCUGCCGGGCUCUGGCUCGGACAUCCUUAAGCACCUUUUCUACAACAACUCAGACUUUGUCUACCUGCGCGUCCCCACAGAGCACCUGGAUAUACCCGAGACGGAGUUCGAGUUCGACUCCUUGGUGGACGCUUGCGAGUGGACGAGGUCGGAUGCUCAAAAUGGGCGGUUCAAGAUAAUCCAGGGCUGGCUACAUUCUCUGGUACACAACACCCACCUGCACCUGCAGAACAUCCCACUGUAUGAGACCAGCAGAGUCAAGCAGGUUCAGAGAGCCGGCCCUCUUCAUGACAAGAGAAAGAGGAUGAGGAGGAGGGAGCCGUUGGCUGAGAUGAGAGGAAGGGUGAGAGCCAGCUCAGACAGGGACGCCGAGUAUGUGCGGGAGAUGAGGAGGCACACGGGCGAAUACCCGAACGCUCGGCUGGUCCUGAACUUGCGCAGCGGGAGCUGGGCUCUCAAGCUUCCUUUCAUCCAAGAGGUGGUCGGCCCCUCACUCCGUGCCAUCUAUGUGGUCAGGGACCCUCGCGCGUGGAUCUAUCUGAUGCUGUACAACAGCAAGCCUAGCCUUUACUCCCUGAAGAACAUCCCGCAGCACUUAGCCCUCAUGUUCAAGGAGGACAUCACCCGGGAAAGGUGCCCAGCUUUUGCGUCCGAAUUCAGGACGCUGUGGAGACUCCUGUCCCGGUCCGAGGCCAAUCCCGUGCUCUUGCUGGCCCACCUGUGGCUGGCUCACACUGCUGCGGUGUUCCGCGUCACAGCAACCUUGCCUGAGGAAGCCUACCUGCAGGUGAGGUUUGAGGACGUGGUGAACUUCCCUGAGGACACGGCUGAGAGGAUACACUCUUUCCUGGGUGUCCCGGUGACGCCCUCAGCCCUGAACCAGCUCAUGUUCACCACCUCAACGAACUUGUACAAUCUGAUGUAUGAGGGGGACAUAUCACCAGCCAGCAUCAACAUAUGGAGAAAAAACAUGCCUAGGAAGGACGUCAGACUCAUUGAGGACACUUGUGGGUUCAUGAUGAAGAGACUUGGGUACUCCAGGUUUGGUAGUUGAAGGGGAAUUUCAGAAAUUCUGCAUAAUUAAAUGGAUGUAAACAUUUAAUUCAGAGUGGCUUUUAGGAAACACUCUGUUCUAGAAAAAACUUGCCAAAUCACAAUCGUUCACAGUGGUGGUGAUAGGAACCAGACGUCUAGAACAUCUAGAGUUGAUGCACGGAUAUGCAUAUGUUAAUGAAAUGAUUGCGAAUAUGUUGCAUUGAUGUCAGAGACACUGGUUUACUGUAGUUUUGAGACAAAAACAAGAAUACAGCUCAUUUGAAAGACCCACACUGACCGCCUGAAUCUAUUAGAGAGAGGUUAAAGCUCUGCUGCUGGUCUCUAAAGCUCUAAACCUUAAAGCUUCUGAACGUGUGUCUGUUUAUGAUCUUAGAUCUGCAGAUUCUGACCUUCAAACACCCUCAGUAAAACCCAGAAAACGUGGAGAGGCUCUUUCAGUUCUUCUGCUUCUAAACAGUGGAGCUCAGUUAAGCUUUUAUUAGUCAGUCGAGCUCAGAGCUCAGUUUUAUUUCAAUUAUUAACAUUUUUUAAAUUCAUACAUGCCAGAAAGCUACAAAACAGCCCCUAAAGAAAAAAAUGCUUUUUCAGAUUUAACACCAUUUUAUCAUUAAGCAUAGACUCGUGUAGGUUCUCUGGUGGUUCUGGAUGGUAAAUAAAGUGUCUAUAUCUGUGUUGUAGUCAUAGCGACGUCUGGUUCCCAUCACCACCACUGUAAAGACAUCUGAACCGCUUCACACCAAACCCUCAGAACCUCUGAUUGCAUCUCAAUUAUGCAGAUACUUUGAAAAAUCAGAAUUCCCCUUUAAAUGAUUAGCUGCAGGCCAGCUGCUGUUUGAGGUGUCCUGUAGUGUGUGGCUGGUAUUAUUAUUAUUAUUAUUAUUAUUAUUAUUAUUAUUAUAUUUUUGCGUGCGUGUCAUACUUUGUAUUUUUGCACUGACUUAAACAGCAAAAGAGAUUUUUGAUGACGUUAAAGCCCGGAGAGGAAGGAAAUGGUGAAAGUGUUAAACUGUUUUAUUUUUAUUUUGUAAUCUGUGAUGCGCUGCGACAAACGUGGUACCUUGUGCUGGCUAGUUGGUGACAUUUUAUAUUAAAAUGCAUCAAGGACGGCUCAGAAAUCCCUUUUCCUUUUUUUUCUGCCUUUUUUUCUGAGAAAGACACUUUAAGCACUCGCUUUUUGGAGUGAUUUCUUUACUACUCAAUGUCUGACGAGCAGUUUUGUGCUUAGUAACCUCCAAAAAAAGUGCGUUCUGCAACGUUAAAGGUGAUUAUUUUUGUAACGCUGUAAAAACAAGAGAGCUGAGUUGUUUAAUCGAGGGUCUCUAUGGACGUCUGUUGUGAGAAACUUAAUGUCUCAAUGUCUUUCGAAUGCAGAAAGCAUCUUAACGAUGUAGUCUUCGUUUUGCAUUUUGAUUACUCACGCUUGUUUUUCUGUUACUGCUUCUGCCCACUGUUGUAUAGAUUAUCCUUCAGAAACUGUUUUCACUGUUUUAAGCCUCCAAAGCCUUGUUGGAGUAGUAAUUGACUUUAAAGCUUAAGCUCGGUGUGCAUUGUGUGAAAUCAAGAGUGUUAGCACUAAUCCCCAGAGUGGAACACGUUCCAGCUUAGAGCCUGUAUCCAGCGAUCAUGUGAAAGCCCCAAAAGGUGGAAGAAAUGAAAAUUUCAUUGCGGUUUGGACAGGCUGGUGCAAUCCAUACCUGCUGUAUAUCGUAUAAGGGCUAUUGCAGAAUUAAAGGCAGGGAAGGGGGGGUGCAGGAUGAUCGACACCUCUAAAAGUAGCUGCCACAUAUUUUGACAGGCAUCACAUGGAGAUCAAACUACAGUUUGUCUCGGCGGGUUCAGACUCAUUCUCAGUCUAUUAGCGAUUCCAAAGCAGGCCCAGAGCUAGCCACACAAGCUCUGUGAAAUGCCAAAACCAGGCCCGUCAUGCGGCUCCGCGGCGGCGUUAUCUCCUGCACGGCCCCAGGAGAAACGCAGAUCAGACAGCAGAGCCCUCAUUUCCUGUCCAACCUAAUCAGACAUUCGGCGACCUUUCGGACCACUGUCCCACACUGCCACUGCAGGGGAGACCUGCGAUGGCACUGGCUACACAUGUUGUCCACACACUUUAAAAGACAUGGUUCUUCAAGGGUUCUUUAGUAAAGAAAGUGGUUGUAUAUAGAACCAUGAACACACAAAGAGCCCUUUGCAGGGUUAAAGGCUUGUUUGCAUUGUGCAAGGCUCUUCAGAUUAAUGGAGAAUGUAUACGGUUCCAUAGAGAACUUUUUUGAAAAGGGUUCUAUGUAACCCCAAGAAAAGGAAUCUACCACACAUUGUCCAUCCGUUGGAUGAAGAACCAUUUGGCAGUGCAAAGAAGGCUUUAAUCAUGCAAAUGUUUCUUUGGGUGUUCAUGGUUCUGUAUAAAACCAUUUCCUUAACUACAGAACCCUUGAAGAACCAUCCUUUUAAAAAGUGUAUGGAUGGGCGAAUAUCUAGUCUUUGUAAGCACUGCAGGUGCAAAAAAAAAUUCAUUUAAUUCUGACCAUUAUAAUGUAACGCAGUACUGGGCCUGUAUAAGGUAAUGCAGUGGGUCCAGUACUGGGCCUGCACAGUGUAAUGCAGUGGGUCCAGUACUGGGCCUUUACAGUGUAAUGCAGUGGGUCCAGUACUGGGCCUGCACAGUGUAAUGCAGUGGGUCCAGUACUGGGCCUUUACAGUGUAAUGCAGUGGGUCCAGUACUGGGCCUGCACAGAGUAAUGCAGUAUGUCCAGUACUGGGCCUGUGUAAUGUAAUGCAGUGGGUGCAGUACUGGGCCUGCACAGUGUAAUGCAGUGGGUCCAGUACUGGGCCUGCACAGAGUAAUGCAGUAUGUCCAGUACUGGGCCUGCACAGUGUAAUGCAGUGGGUCCAGUACUGGGCCUGCACAGAGUAAUGCAGUAUGUCCAGUACUGGGCCUGUGUAAUGUAAUGCAGUGGGUGCAGUACUGGGCCUGCACAGUGUAAUGCAGUGGGUCCAGUACUGGGCCUGCACAGUGUAAUGCAGUGGGUCCAGUACUGGGCCUGCACAGUGUAAUGCAGUGGGUCCAGUACUGGGCCUGCACAGUGUAAUGCAGUGGGUCCAGUACUAAACUUCAGAGAGGUUUUUCAUACUCAAACAUCUCAUUCAUGGAAAAAGAACCAUCCUGUUGAAGAUCUGAUCUGUUGAAGAGUCAAUACAAAACAAAAAGUGGUUAUUUAAGGGUUCUUUAGUGAAGGCACUCUGGUUCUAUAUAGUCCUAAAAUGGUUCUGUAUAGUACUAGAAAGGACUUUGACAUAUAACAAUAGUGGAACCCUGUUGAGUUCAAUGUACAGGUUUGUUUGUUUAAGCCUUCACUGUAAAUAUGUGUGUGAAGUGAGGACAACUCAAAGAACCGUAGAAACAGAGAAUGCACACAUUGUUCUUUGCAUGGUUAAAUGGUUCUUCUAUAAUGAAAACCUGUUGUUUAUGGGUCUUAAAAGAACCUUAUUCCGAAAGUAGCUCAGUCACAGAAUCUGUUUUGGGAGAUUUUAUAAAGUGUACACUCUUUAAAAUGUGUCAUGUGGAAGAACCACUUUUUUGGUUCCCUAAAGACCAUGUUUGAAAGAGGAAGUUGAAAGGUUCUAUAGGGAACAAAACAUGGUUCUUCGAGGGUUUUUUUUAGUAAAAAGGCAGUGGUUGCUAUUUUAGCCAAAGCAGUUGUACAUAGUUUCCAAAAUAGGAACAAAAAAGUGGAACCCUUUUUAUGCUAUAUAGAACCAUUUUUUCAAAUGUUCUUUGAUUGUAUAUGGCUCUGUUUAGAACCAUUGUCUUUAUUAAAGAACCAUUACAUGAAUAGCUGUAUUUAAGGAUGUAAAGAGCUAUGACAACUGAGAGAGCUACUGGAUUGCAUAAAUGGUUCUUGCAUGUUUAAAUGGUUCUCCACUCUAGAACCCUGUUGUAAAUGCUUUUUUAAAGAACCAAAAGGGUUCUGCUAUGGUUACAAGUCAUAGAACCUUUCUGUGGGCACUGUUUAAAACCUUUUUUGCACAAAGUAUAUAGCAUCGCUCUAAAGAACCCUUAUUUUUAAGUGUGCACUCCUAAAAAAGGUGUCAUGUAGAACAUAUCGGAAAGAGGAAUUUGAAAGGUUCUGUAGGGAAAAAAAGUGGUUCUUCAAGGGUUCUUUAAUGAAAAGGCAGUGCUUAUAUUUUUGACCAAGAUCAGAACCUUUUUGGUACAAUACAGAACCAUUUUUACAAUGUGUUUUGAUUGUUUAUGGUUCUAUUCAGAACCAUAGCCUUUAUUAAAGAACCGGUACUUGAAUAGCUGUAUUUAAGGAUGUAAAGAGCUGUGAUAACUCAGAGAACUACUGGAACGCAUGAGUGGUUCUUUUCUAUGAAAGCCUGUUGUAUAUGUUUCUUUAAAAGAACCAGAUAGGGUUCUGCUAUGGUUACAAGUCACAGAACCUUUUUGUGGGCACUAUUUAAAAGCCUUUUUUUGCCAGUAGAUUUCAGCAUCCUUGUUUUUAAGUGUGCAUUCUGUAAAAGGUGCCACAAAGGGUUCUUCUGUUCAGGCCUGCACAGAACCCUUUUUGGGUUCUGUCCCCGAGUCGUCUCUUGUCUUCUGUUUAAGGCUGUGCACGUCUGAGCGUCCGUCGCUCGUGUCCCUGGCCGUGUUCGGACUCUGUGGUCUGUGAAUGGCCAGGCCAGGCUGACCGUCUCGUGUAAACUGCUUCCCUCUCUCUGUUUGUGGGUGUACGUCUCUGAGCUUCUGUGGCCUUGAAAAAAAAGUUCUUUAAACAUGUUUUUCAUGUUCAUUUCGCUUCCUGACCAGAUGGCUGACGUCUCGACGGCAAAUAAAGAUGAUUUAUGACCAAAUGA